GACCCUGAGGCUUCCCGAAGACGCCACGGCUCCGCCUCGGCUUCCGACAGCUGCGGCGUCUGGAGAAGAUCGGGAUGUUGUCACUUCCGCCGGAGUCCCUCUCUGCAUCCGGGUCGGCUGCUGCCGCUGCCGCUGUGGCUGAGGGACUGGGCCCGGGUCUCACCGUCGGAGGGGAGCGGGCUCCGCUCGGCGCCACCUUCUGCGACCUGGCCGUCAGCCCUACGUCGCCGGCCUGGAGGGGCGAAGAAGACGAGGAGGCCAAGGGUUCCUCCGGGGACCUUGGCUCUCUGGAUUAUCAGGAGCUUGUAGUUGACAUUGAGUCCAGGCUGAGGAUGGAAGGUGUUGAACUUAAGGAAGAAUGGCAAGAUGAAGAUUUUCCAAUACCUUUACCGGAAGAUGAUAGUAUUGAAGCAGAUAUAUUAGCUGUAACUGGACCAGAGAGUCAGCCUGGCUCACUAGAAGUUAAUGGCAAUAAAGUGAGAAAGAAACUAAUGGCUCCUGACAUUAGCCUAACCCUGGAUCCUAGUGAUGGCUCUGUGUUGUCAGAUGAUUUGGAUGAAAGUGGGGAGAUUGACUUAGAUGACUUAGAUACACCAUCGGAGGACAGUAAUGAAUUUGAGUGGGAAGAUGAUCUUCCGAAACCCAAGACUACUGAAGUUAUUAGGAAAGGCUCAAUUACUGAAUAUACAGCAGCAGAGGAAAAAGAAGAUGGACGACGCUGGCGUAUGUUCAGAAUUGGAGAACAGGACCACAGGGUUGAUAUGAAAGCAAUUGAACCCUAUAAAAAAGUUAUCAGCCAUGGAGGAUAUUAUGGGGAUGGAUUAAAUGCCAUUGUUGUGUUUGCUGUCUGUUUUAUGCCUGAAAGUGGUCAACCUAACUAUAGGUACCUGAUGGACAAUCUCUUUAAGUACGUUAUUGGCACUUUGGAGCUGUUAGUAGCAGAAAACUACAUGAUCGUUUAUUUAAAUGGUGCAACAACUCGAAGAAAAAUGCCCAGUCUGGGAUGGCUCAGGAAAUGCUAUCAACAAAUUGAUAGAAGGUUACGGAAAAACCUAAAGUCUCUAAUCAUUGUACAUCCCUCUUGGUUUAUCAGAACACUUCUGGCUGUUACAAGACCAUUUAUUAGCUCAAAAUUCAGCCAAAAAAUUAGAUACGUCUUUAAUUUGGCAGAACUAGCGGAACUUGUCCCCAUGGAAUAUGUUGGAAUACCAGAAUGCAUAAAACAGUAUGAAGAAGAAAAGUUAAAAAAGAAACAGAAAAGAGUUGAUCAAGAGCUUAAUGGAAAACAAGAUGAACCGAAAAGUGAACAGUAAGUUUGGCAUCUAGUCCAAACACGACUGAAGAAUGUGCUGAUGAAGCAGUGCUUUUUUGCAUUUAUAAUGCAUUUAUUGGUCCUGAUUUUUAUGUAACCUGUUACAAAACUGACUUGACUUUUUUUUAAUGGACUUUUGUAUAAGGGACUGUUCACUGCUGUACUGGUUUGCAGAUCUCUCGAAUUUAGCUCUUUACUAGCUAAUUAUAUUGUAAUCAUUUUAUAUUUUAUAUUGCUAAAUAGCAGAGAACCACACUUUAUAUAAAGCAGUUUUUGCAUUUGUUUAUUAAAUGAUGCAUUUUCUUCAGUAAAAUAUUUAUAUGCCU